GCGCUCGUUGCGUUUCUCUGCCCUGUCCUCUUCAAAUCCAUAUUCCACUGGGAAAGAGAGAGAGCGAGCGAGAGAGAGAGAGAGAGAGUGCGUGUGAGUGAGAGAGAGAGUAGGAUCUGGGAGAAGAGCAACGAAAGAAAAAGAGGAGAGAAAAACGGAACAACGACACAAAUGGCACUCAUGGCAGGGAUUUUGUUCGCGGUCACCUUUCUUGUUUUGGGAUUUUCUACACUUGUUUCACCGGCACGGAUAUACCCCCCGAAUGAAGUCACGUUACUGGACUCCAGAUCCGUACAGGGGGAGCUGGGAUGGGUCGCCAACCCGACAGAAGGAGGGUGGGAGGAAGUGAGCAUUAUGGAUGAAAAGAACAUUCCCAUCCGGACGUACCAGGUGUGUAAUGUCAUGGAGCCAAACCAGAACAACUGGCUCCGCACAGACUGGAUCCCCCGAGGUGGAGCUCAGCGCGUCUACAUCGAGAUCAAGUUCACCCUCAGAGACUGCAACAGCCUCCCGGGGGUCAUGGGAACCUGCAAGGAGACGUUCAAUCUUUACUACUACGAGUCCAACAACGACAAGGAGCGUUACAUCCGUGAGAACCAGUUUGGCAAGAUUGACACCAUCGCCGCCGACGAGAGCUUCACUCAGGUGGACAUCGGCGACCGCAUCAUGAAGCUGAACACAGAGGUCCGGGAUGUGGGCGCUCUGACCCGCAAGGGCUUCUAUUUGGCCUUCCAGGAUGUUGGAGCGUGCAUCGCGCUUGUGUCCGUCAGGGUCUUUUACAAGAAAUGUCCUUUAGCUGUGCGUAACUUGGCCCAGUUUCCUGACACCAUCACGGGAGCUGAUACCUCCUCACUUGUGGAAGUUCGGGGCUCGUGCGUGGAUAAUUCAGAGGAGAAGGAGGUUCCGAAAAUGUACUGCGGAGCCGACGGAGAGUGGCUGGUGCCCAUUGGGAAUUGCUUGUGUAACCCUGGAUAUGAGGAGCGCAAUUCAGAAUGCCAAGCUUGCAAGAUUGGUUCCUACCGCGCUCUGGCCACCGAUGGCUCCUGUUCCAAGUGUCCGCUCCACAGCUACUCCGUCAGGGAGGGAUCCACCUCCUGCGUCUGCGACAAGGGAUACUUUCGCUCGGAAACAGACCCUGCCUCCAUGCCCUGCACACGCCCUCCGACAGCGCCUGUCCACCUCAUCUCCAACGUGAACGAGACCUCUGUAAACCUGGAGUGGAGCCCACCACGGAACACAGGAGGACGCCAGGACUUGACAUAUAAUGUGGUGUGUAGGCGCUGCGGGCCUGAUGGCCGGCGCUGUCAGCCCUGCGGUAACGGCAUCCACUUCAGCCCCCAGCAGCUGAGUCUAAAGGGAACCAAGGUGUCCAUCAACGAGCUGCAGGCCCACACCAACUACACCUUCGAGGUGUGGGCGGUGAACGGAGUGUCGCCGCAGAGCCCCGGGCCGGAACAGGCUGUGUCUGUUACUGUCACCACCAACCAGGCCGCUCCGUCGCCAGUGACUUCCAUCCAAGCGAAGGACAUAACAAGACACACCAUCUCUAUAGCCUGGCAGCCACCGGAUAGAGCCAACGGGGUCAUCCUCGAGUAUGAGGUCAAGUACUACGAGAAGGACCAAAAUGAGAGAAGCUACAGGAUCAUAAAAACCACGUCGAGGAACACCGACAUCAAGGGUCUCACCCCGCUCACGUCCUACGUCUUCCAUGUGCGAGCUCGCACGGCCGCAGGUUAUGGGGAAUUCAGCGGCCCGUUCGAGUUCAUGACCAACUCUGUCCCAGCUCCCAUUAUAGGUGAUGGGGCCAACUCCACGGUGUUACUGGUGUCCGUGGUGGGCAGCGUGGUCCUCCUCAUCAUCCUCAUCAGUGCUUUCGUCAUCAGCAGGAGAAGGAGUAAGUACAGCAAGGCCAAGCAGGACUCUGACGAGGAGAAGCACUUACAUCAAGGAGUGAGGAUAUACGUUGACCCUUUUACCUACGAGGACCCAAACCAAGCCGUCCGCGAGUUUGCCAAAGAGAUCGACGCUUCCUGCAUCAAGAUUGAGAAAGUUAUUGGCAUCGGGGAGUUCGGCGAGGUCUGCAGUGGCCGCCUGAAGAUGCCCGGCAAGAGAGAGAUCUGCGUUGCCAUCAAGACUCUGAAGGCCGGCUACACGGACAAGCAGAGGAGGGACUUCCUGUCUGAGGCCAGCAUCAUGGGCCAGUUUGACCACCCGAACAUCAUCCACCUGGAGGGCGUGGUCACCAAAUGUAAGCCAGUGAUGAUUAUCACAGAGUACAUGGAAAACGGAUCGCUGGAUGCAUUCCUGAGGAAAAAUGACGGCCGCUUCACGGUGAUCCAGCUGGUCGGCAUCCUGCGCGGCAUCGCAUCCGGUAUGAAGUACCUGUCAGACAUGAGCUACGUUCACCGCGACCUGGCGGCUCGCAACAUCCUGGUCAACAGCAACCUGGUGUGCAAGGUGUCCGACUUCGGGAUGUCCCGGGUGCUGGAGGACGACCCUGAGGCCGCCUACACCACCAGGGGAGGGAAGAUCCCCAUCCGCUGGACGGCCCCGGAGGCCAUCGCGUACAGGAAGUUCACCUCAGCCAGCGAUGUGUGGAGCUACGGGAUCGUCAUGUGGGAGGUGAUGUCAUACGGCGAGAGACCAUAUUGGGACAUGAGUAACCAAGAUGUGAUCAAGGCUAUCGACGAGGGGUAUCGGCUGCCCCCUCCCAUGGACUGCCCCGUCGCCCUCCACCAGCUCAUGCUGGACUGCUGGCAGAGAGAAAGAGCCGACCGGCCGAAGUUUGGACAGAUUGUCAACAUGCUGGACAAGCUGAUCCGCAACCCCAACACCCUGAAGAGGACCGGGGGAGAGACGGCUGUCAGGCCUAACACCACCCUGCUGGAGCCAGGGAGCCCUGAGGCGUCCUCGGCCGUGGGCACAGUGGAGGACUGGCUGCAGGCCAUCGGCAUGGAGAGAUACAACGACAACUUCACCGCCGCUGGAUACACCACUCCAGAAGCUGUGGUCCACAUGACACAAGAGGACAUGGCUCGCAUAGGCAUCACGUCUGCAGCACACCAGAACAAGGUCCUGACCAGCGUCCAGGGAAUGCUGUCCCAAAUGCAACAGCUGCAAGGCCGAAUGGUUCCCGUCUGAGAGAUUUCCACAAAGAAAAGAGGAAAAGGAAGCAACGUGACUCCGUUUCUUACGAAAAAAACAAAUAAAUAACACAAAAAAAAGAUUAAAUAUAAAAAAAAGAGACAAACAAACUAUGAAGAAAUAGUUUACCUCAUCCAUGCACUUUAAAUUGGAUCGAAAAGAAAAGAAGAUGUUGACGUAGAAGAAAAAAAAGUGGUGAAAAUGGCACUUUUCUUUUUUUAAAUCAGACCUUUACCUUGCCCUUUCUGUGUUGUUUUGGAGAAUGGGACGUGUGCAGCAUUUACGGAGAGAUGGAGGGACGGCUGGAAAAGUGCUUCCGAGAGGCCAAUCUGGAGUGCCUUUAAUGGUGUGGAAGGAAAAAGCGAAGGAGGGAGGCAAUCAUACCUUUCUCCCUUCUCCUGGGCAGACUGUUGUUUCUGGAACUUUCUAUCUGGAAUAAUGCGCCGAGCAGACUUUCUUUUUUGAUUUCCAUGUGACUUUGUUUAUUGUACAUGAGUUUUUACUGCAGGACUCGCAGCGCUGCAGCGGCCUCCGUUGUUCCCUCUCAGCUGGAUCUGUUUGAUAUCUUGCAGACAAAAUGGAGGAUCUUGAUGUUCACGUAUAAACACUGAAUCUCGCAGAGGUUGAGGGUUGGAUUCUGAGUGGAGAUGGCGCUUCAUAUGGGGAGGGGGGGGGGGGGUUAUUUUGAGGAGCUUUUUUUGUGUGUUUUUGGCUCUGUUCUGGACUUUUUCUUCUCCCAGAACUCGGCCUUGUGUUGCCCUCAGGAUGUUGCUGAGACUCUUUGAUCUUCCAGAGGAUCCUUUCCACUCCCUUGUCUUCCCAAAAUAAAAAUAAAAAAAGCCCUCCUACACCUCAGAUAAACACAUUUUGGAUUUUCUUCCAUUCAGCUGCACAGAGCUUCAGCCCCCCCUCGCUCCUGCAAGAAAACACAAACUCUUCCUCAACAAUUACAUCGGCUUCAUAAACUGGACGCAAGACAGAUGGAGAUAAUCAGAAGGAUUUCUAUUUUUAGUUUUGGACAAAAGGAUGCAACAACAACAGAAUGGAUGCAGACAGAUCCAACAGCAUCAUCACCGUGAAGAAAAUAGACAAGAAAACAUCGGAGGAUUACCCGAAACGUAAUCAAGCUGUUGCCGUCCAUCCCGAUGGAUCCCAGCCUCGCCACGAUCUGAAUUCUUCCUCUUUUGUCUUCCUCCUACUGCUCCCCCCCCAAAUUCUCCAACACCAAGAUGACAAAUCAAUCCCUGAGCGUCCGGGACGAUCCGUCAUCACAGCACGUCACCUCCACAAACGGGCCGACCCCCCCUCCACCCCUCCCAACUUGCUUGUGGCCAACCCAGAAAUGUACUGGAACUCCUUUUGAUGAUUCAACAGCGUCAUUUAAAAAAAGAGAGACAAUAAGAAGAAUGUAAAAUAAUCGAGAAGGCCUGCUCCAGCGGAUAAUGUGCUUUUAUUUUGAAAAGUUUCAUUUCAUUUUGUGACUUUUUGUUCUUUGUUUUUUAUUUUGUAUUUUAUUUUUUGUUUGCAUGUGAAGUAACAAACUUAUGAUUUGAGCGUCUGGAUGUGAUGAAGCGUGUGUGUGUGUGUGUGUGUGUAGCCGUAUGAGUGACGACGUCUUUGAAGUAAUAUCAGUAAUGUGUCCGUCUUCGAGCCACUGUGGAUGACGAAGAGGAGAAAACAGAGAUGUUUUGUUUUUGACAUGAAAAAAGACAAAAAAGUCCUGGACCUUUUUUCGCUUUGAGUCCUCUACACACACAAAAAAAAAAAACAAGUGCGCUCCAAGCGUGCAAACUCUACUCAGUAACAGCAUUUAUGAAAAACCGCUUUCUGGAAAUGCAACCCGCCUCUGCUUCUGGCGGUGACCGCGGCGUGCACACGGACGACACGAGACUAAAGGCGUCCUGAGUUUGGACUCUCCGAGCUCCUGAAGGUCGAGCAGGAAGUGUCACAACUCUCUCUCUCUCUGCACGUGGAAAUGGAAGAGGCGUAUAAAGGAUCCCAGGUGUGAUGGAAAAGGUGUUUAAGAAGGGAAAAGCAUUGCUUACUUUUAUUUUCUUCCAGAGCACAUCAUACAGCUACAGGUUCAACCCAAUGGACUGUCUUCUUUUCGAUCCUCUAUCUCUUUAAACGUCACGAUGUGAAUGUUUCAAACUCAGAAAAAAAACAGAAACACCUCCGUCCUUAAAACAGCUGUACUGCUCUCUCUACCCCCCCCCCCCACCUUCUUUUUUGGCAAUGCGUUCUUCUUUUGGGUUUAAUCUGCCGACAAAAGGACCUGUAUGGAUAUAUGCAAGACAUGUUGGGAAGGAGAAGGAAACCAGAAUGUACUGUAAAAUACUUUUUUCCUUUUACGUAAAUGUUGGACGAUUUGAAAAAAGAAAAAAAAAAACAGGAGUUAAUGUUCCGUCAUUGUAUGCCUUCUGAUGCCAUAUGAUCUAGUCAUGUAUAGAUCUAACAUCCUCUCAAUCUUUUUUGUACAUUUGUUUUCACAUGAUCAUGUUGUUGUUGUUUUUUUUUGGCCUUGUUGUUUUUUUUGUUUUUUGUCGAGGAGCUCUAGGUACAUGUAACUUAUGUCAUUUAUUUAUGUCCUUUUAUAUCUAGUUUGUAAAAUAAUAGCCUAAAGUGAAGAAAAAUAAAGGGGUGCCAAAGUGCAUUCUUAAUAAAGUAGAAACAAUA